CGUGACCGACCUGCGCGAGCUGCGAAGGAGGCCGGGCGACAUGAAGACCAAGAUGGAGCUGCUGAUCAUGGAGACCCAGGCGCAGGUGUGCCAGGCCCUGGCCCAGGUGGAUGGGGGCGCCGGCUUCUCCGUGGACCGAUGGGAGAGGAAGGAAGGAGGUGGGGGCAUCAGCUGUGUACUUCAAGAUGGGCAUGUUUUUGAGAAGGCCGGGGUGAGCAUUUCUGUCGUUCAUGGACAUCUUUCUGAGGAAGCAGCAAAGCAAAUGAGAAAUAGAGGAAAAAAUCUGAAGACUAAAGAUGGUAAAUUGUCAUUUUCUGCUAUGGGUGUGAGCUCCGUUAUCCACCCCAAGAAUCCUCAUGCUCCUACCAUCCAUUUCAACUACAGAUACUUUGAAGUAGAAGAAGCUGAUGGUAACAAGCAUUGGUGGUUUGGUGGGGGAAGUGACCUUACUCCCACGUACUUGAACCAAGAGGAUGCCGUCCAUUUUCACAGAACUCUAAAGGAGGCUUGUGACCGGCACGGCCCAGAUCUCUACCCUAAAUUUAAAAAAUGGUGUGACGAUUACUUUUAUAUAGCCCAUCGUGGGGAGCGGAGGGGCAUCGGGGGUAUCUUUUUUGAUGACCUUGACUCGCCAUCCAAGGAGGAGGUGUUUCAGUUUGUGCAGAGCUGUGCCCAGGCUGUCGUGCCUGCUUAUAUUCCCCUUGUGAAAAAGCACCGUGAUGACUCAUUCACCCCUCAGGAGAAGCUGUGGCAGCAGCUCAGGAGGGGACGGUAUGUGGAAUUUAACCUGCUGUAUGAUCGGGGUACAAAGUUUGGCCUCUUCACUCCGGGAUCCAGGAUCGAAAGCAUCUUGAUGUCUUUACCUCUGACUGCUCGAUGGGAGUACAUGCAUUCACCCUCAGCGAACUCCAAAGAAGCAGAAAUUCUGGAAGUUCUUCGCCAUCCAAGGGAUUGGGUGCAUUGACAGAGGUGAAGCAGCCGUCCUGGGGUCUGGGGACACAGAACGUGUGCCCCACGUGUGCCCCCACUCCACUGGCUGGCACCGUUGCCACCCUGUGGCAGUUAGUCACCUAUGUCUUGAGCCCCAGUCUUCAUUCUGGAGCCUGCCUCCCUGGCACCAUAGGUUUCCGUUGGAUGCUGUCAGUGAUGGGUGAGAAGGUGACCACAAGUCCAUUGGUUGAUAUAAAUCUCAUUUAUACUUUUAGAAUCAUUUUAUAUGACUAGUUUACAAAAUAUGACAUUGGGUUUUCUGUAUUGAGUUAAGGGAAUCUAAAUAUUAUAGUUUGUAUCAGGAGAACUUCUUAUGUUAUUUUUAUUUCUUAUAUUUCUUUAAAAUUUUAGUUUCUGCCACAAAAAUCUGUUGUGGGAUAAAUUUAUUUUCAUUAAUUGAAUGAGAUUGAGCUUAUCAGUGAUUUUUGAAAGCAACCUGAAAUAAAGGUAAAAGUGUUGCUUUGUCGUUACUGAAGUUUCUUUAGUCAUAAUGUAUGUAUGUCUGUAUCUU